CCUGUGUCAUUAUAGGUCAUGGCACCGUUGUUCUCUGUUUCGAGACUAAUGCGAGGCACUGACGUCCUAUGUUCUCAUACCAGUGUCCAGUUGGAAUUCUAGUUCGUGGUGACCCCGUGGGUGGAAACGAGGACGCUUAGAAAUCAACGAAUUGUACAAGUACAGCAGGCAUGCAGGGAUCAUUGGGAAGAGAUAUUCGAAAAUCUAAGAAUAUAUGACGAUGGGGCUAGCGAUGGAGCCUCAGUCUGUAUGCUGCUGACUGACCGAGAGAGCAAUUACGACGUGGGGCGAGGAUGCUAUAGAAUUCUGCCGCAGCUGACUGCCGAAAACAAGUCAAGCAUUACGAUAGAUUUUUGGGCUUAAGAGAUCCCGUGCAGUCUGCCGGCUCCUAAUUGAGCUUUUACUUUUUACUUAUCAACUUGUCCAACGAAUGAUCCGUCAAAAUGAGCUCCCUAGGUACUAUUUGGACCUACCCGUCCAACCCCAGAGCGAUGAAGAUCGAAGCCGCUGCAGCCAUGAAUGGUCGGACGGUCGAAUAUGCCCCCAAUUUUGUCAUGCAAAAGACCAAUAAAACGCCCGAGUUCCUUGCCGACUUUCCUCUGGCGCGCGUUCCGACCUUCAAGUCAGCUGGGGGUCUCACACUCUACGAAUCAGACGCCAUCGCCCUGUAUGCCGCUGAGAGUGGCGGGGCAUGUGAGCAGCUUCUGGGUACGAGUGUCGAUGAGCGCGCCGUCGUUCGUCAAUGGAUCGGAUUUGCCGACCACGAACUGUUCGGACCGCUCACGACCCUGAUCCUGUGGCGAUAUGGAAUGGGUCAUUUUGAUGAAAACGCCGAGAAAAUUGCGCUGCAGCACCUGGUUUCCUCGCUCGACGUGGUGGAGAGACAGCUGCAGGGUACGCAGUAUAUCGCUUCCGAGAAACUAAGUCUGGCAGACCUUUCGAUGGCGGCGGCGAUGUACUGGGGUUUCGGCCAGGUCGUGGACAGGAAAUUGAGGGGCAGAUAUACCCGGACCACGGAGUGGUACCUCCGAGUGAUCCAGGACAAGCGCAUUAAUUCUGCUUUUGGGGAGGGAGAUUUUAUUGAGAUCAGAAAGGAGCGCCCUUGAGUAUCACUUGAGAGGUUAAACAAAUAUUACAG